UCGGCUAGCUGGCCGCCUUCAGUCGCACAAUAUUCGUCGUGUUGUUGUGCGAUUGCUUGAGCAAAGAGCGACCAGACCCACAACUAGUCAACAUCGACGGAAAAUAGUAGUAGUAGUAGUAGUAGUGGUCUUUGUAGUGCAGUAGUACUAGUACAAGUCCCUAAGAUUGUGGUUCGGUUGUCGUGCUGGUGGCCCUGCUCGAAAAUAACAAAACAACAAUAACAAUAACAGCAGCCGUGUUCACCACAAUAACAAAGUGGGCUCAUUGAAGACGGCUCAGUUUCGUUUCCGAGUUCAGUGCAAUCGGUUUAUGAGGAACAAGCAGGGCCAUGUGCGUUGUCAGCCCAGAUAAUCUAAUGCUUCAUGUUUGAGGUUCGAAUCGAGUCGAGUGUGGACUAGAUAGAAUUUGUGACAAUGACGAGGACUCUACAAGAUUUGAAUGCACAGGACGAAGGAGUCGUCAUGUCCAAUGGCGUCCCUGAAGAGCCUGAGAACAUCAAGGCCAAACAACACAAUAACAAUAAUCACAACCACCAUCGCCACCAUCAUCAUAACAACAACAAUAACAAUAACAACAACAACAACAAGUUCAGCAACAAACAAGUCCUAAUUGAGGAUACUAUGCAAGUCAACAACGCAGAGGCAAACCCGACCACGACAACAAAAACAACAACAACAUCCUCCACGUCCUCCUGCUUGUCUUCGUCUUCGUCGUCGUCGUCCUCUUCAAUAAUAAGUUCACCAGAUGAAAAAAUAUCACCAACAACAACAACAACUUCAGGCGGAUCCGGAGUCACUCCUCGAUUGGUCGGAGGUGCGGCAGCAUCUGCUACUGCUUUGGCAACAGCACCAACGGCAACCAUGGAUUCUGAGGAAAUCGGCCAAAGGUCCACUCUGUCAAUACAAAACAGAGAUAAACAACAACAGAUGAUCCAAGUUAAGAGCGACGCAAGUCUUUUAGCUCAAACCUCAUCACAAAGUGAAUCCAUGGAACACUUUAACCUGCUACAAUCCCAAUUAGGGCUGUCCACACAACAACUCCAACACUUGGUUCAGAACCAAAGCUUUCAGACCAAACCCUCGGUGGAUCAGACUCGAAAACAGUUGGAGCAUCUGCUACAGAUGAACCUGUUUCAACAGGCUCAUCUGAUUAAUGGAUCCACCUCUGAGAAGCUCUCGGGAUCACUGAGGAAUCUCCAAGCGCAACAACAGGAUCUCAUGACACAGCUUCAUGGGGGCAAACCAAUGGGCGUGGAUAGAAACGGUCCAGGUAUGUUCCCAAGCAAGACAUUCCCUGCAGAUCAACCGAAACGAGAACCUCAAGGUUCACACCCGCUUUACAGUCACGGAAUUUGUCGGUGGACUGGUUGUGAAACUCCGUUUCCGUCCUUCAAAGAGUUCAAGAUGCACAUUGAUAAGGAUCACGUCUUGAGCGACCGAUCGACUGCCCAGACGAGGGUCCAAGUGCAGAUCGUGUCUCAGCUGGAAAUUCAGUUGAAGAAGGAAAAGGAUCGCCUCAACGCCAUGAUGAGUCAUCUCCAUCCGACAAAGAAUGGGAAACACUUCCAAGAACAAGAGGAAGAUCAGAAGCCCAUCUUAAAUCCUCAUCAUGAGGGACUAAUUGGGGGCGGCAUUGGCGGCGAUGAUAACCGACCGAUGGACACGUCAUUCAAUGGCUUAUCCGCCCUUCAAAGCUUGGCUCUACCCUUUCACGCUUUGAGUGGGAAUGCUGGUCCCAUGGGACGUGGACCGUUAUUGGGUUUGAAUUCGAAUGGUUUGACCAUGCCCCACCGAUCUGGAGAGCUCAAAGUGGAGAAGGGUGUGCCCAAACUACAGAUCCCGAACUCGCCUUACCAUCAAAGCCAUCUGGAAGACUAUUGCUCCAGAGGGCCUAGAAAUCAGGAUGGAAGGUCCGGAUCCGGAAGUAAUUUGGACAUUGAAAAUGAGAUCUCUCGAAAUCGGGAGUUCUAUCGCACCAACGAUGUUCGACCUCCUUUUACGUACGCAGCGCUAAUCCGACAGGGCAUCAUCGAAUCCCCGGACCGACAACUGACCCUCAACGAGAUUUACACGUGGUUUCAAAAUACCUUCGCCUAUUUCAGAAGAAACGCUGCCACAUGGAAGAAUGCAGUACGUCACAAUCUCUCGCUUCACAAAUGCUUCAUGCGAGUGGAGAAUGUGAAAGGAGCCGUAUGGACCGUUGAUGAAUUGGAAUAUCAUCGCAGAAGACCCCAGAGAGGGGCCAACGGUGGCUCGGGCUCGAGUGUCGGGUCCUCCUCGUCAGCGUCGCGGAGUCCGCCCUUCAAUUCUAGUCCAUCUAUGCAUUUCAACGGGAACGAUAUGGCCCAUCACUAUCCCCUGGGAGGUCUGACUUUGGCCGAGCAACAGGCGGCUUAUCUUCAUGGUUUGGGUAUCUCACUAAAUAGCAGCCUCGAGGUGGCCCGAUCACCGUCUCCACGCAGUCAUCAUUCAAUGGGACAACAUUUUAACUCAAGAUCGCCGAGGAGAGUUGAGGAUUUCAUGCGCAACCAGCAUCACAACAACAGGUCCCAAUCGCGGUCACCCAUGCCGCUGUCCCCUCCCUCGUCCUCAUCUCAUGACAUGUAUGCUUUGGAGCAAGCUAGACACGCCCACGGACAUCAUCCUUCAAUGAGGUUCUCAAGGUCGAACCCCAGUCCCCGUCCUUCCGAUCCCAGCGACUUUCUGGUUAUUAAGGAAGAGUUUGGCCAUGAGAACUCGGAAAGCAAUGAGACCGGUAUGGAUGAUGGGCAAACGGCUACAGCCUCAAGAAGCAACAGUUUCACUCCACCGGAAAGCCCACGGGAUGAGGAUCGAGAGCCAACCCCUGAAGAUCUCUCUAAAAACCGCCCAAUGUCUCCGGCCAUGGAAGAGGACCAAGCAUGAAAUUAACUACACUGAGUAGGCUGACAGUCUGAUAUCGAUCGAACCUCGUGGUUUCUUUUGUUGUUGUGUUUUUUGCUGGUGCCCUUUUGUCAAGAAAUUGAAAUUAAUCAAUGCAGAGAAGAGAUCUCUUUGUGGAGAGAUCCGAGAACAAGUUCAAACUUACCCAAUAUCCUGGUGUGUACGAUAAUAUUUUACGAAAACUCACUUUUUACCCUCCUCCUGUCUUGAUGAGCUAUCGAUCGGAACUCGCUCGCAACAUGUUUUGAAGUAGUUUCCACGUGUUUUCUUCAGUGUUAUUCUCAACUGGCACCCACCCCAAAUCAGCGAACUGAAUCAGUGUGACGUCAAUACGUCCUAGUGACGGAUUAUGCAAUUUUCAUGAGAACCUCGUUGUUCUUGGGCAAUGUGAUGAUGUCUAUUUUAUCUCGCCGAGUAAUACAUGUUCAAGACUCACCUAAGUA